AUGAGCGACAGCGACACCCAACCCUUGUUGCGCAUCCUCACUGCCAUAAUCUUCAUCCCCUCGCUCCCACUCUGUAUCACUCAUGGCGUUCUCUCACACAACCCCAUACCGGCCGUUGGGCUCGCUCCCAUGGCCCUCUCGGCCGGCUACUCGGUGUUGCUUUUGACCUACCGCCGCCGCAGCAAGCACAAGCAAAACAACCGUCGGAGCAUCGGACAUGUGGAGGGAGACAACGAUCUCGAGUCCGUCAGGAAUGGAGACGAGGCUGGAAUUAGCUCCAGUGAACCACUCAUCGAAGGUGGAGCGGAAGAGCCGGCAUAUGCGGCAUCGGAAAGGUCUCAAGCAGAGCUGACAGCCGCAUGGGAGGAAGAAGCGGAGGAGAAGAAGACGCCUCUCUACGCUCACACCAUCUUCAUCUUCUUCGUCGACAGCAUCCUCGCCGCGGGCGUCAUGGUCGUUCUCGUUUUCACGUGGAUCAACACACAAAAGGGCCGAACAGGGAUCAACAAUCCAGUCUUGGGCGGCAAGCUGGCCAUGUUGGCCGCUUACGCCACCAUUCCUUUGUUGGCAAACUUAAGUCUGAUCCACACCUACCUCGCGCUCCGCGGUUUCGCCAUCGGUCUAGCCCUUUACCCGCUAAUCCAAUAUGCCGCCUGGCACACCCUGCCACCCGACUGCCCUAACUGCAGCAGCCGUCUGCGCCCGGCCGCUCGCCCGAAGAUCCCUUGGUAUGACUUCGUCUCGCGACCCAGCCGACCGACUUUCAAGGCACCCAAGUGGUGGUCCCACCAUCAGCAGCGACGGACGGUGGUGGAUGUGGUGGGCGCUGGUGGCGUCGAUGAUGAUGCGACAGCGAGACUCUUCGUGAGGAAUGAAGACUUGGAGAGUGUGAGCCAUCUUGGAGAGGAUGUGGUGGCGGUUGAAAGGUAUAGGGAUGAGCCCGACGCCAAUGGGGAUGCAGAGGUGGAGAGCGUUGAGGCGAGGAGUUAUAGGGAUGGGCCUGAGGGCGAGGACAAUGACCGCCAGGAACGGGAGCAAGAGGGGCAAUUAGAGGGGCAGGGCGAAGAGGAGCAGGAGCAGCAGAAGAAGGGACAGGUGGAAGAAUUGUUGCAAGUGCAGCCAGAAGGCCAGGAGGAGGAGGAGGAGGAGGAGGGUCAACAGAAGCAGCACCAGCAGCCUGAGCAACAGCAACAGGAAGGGGACAAUGAUGCAAGCAGCGAGAGACUCGAAAGGGUUGAGACCCGCGACCGCGCUUUGACACCUGCUCUGAUCUAA